CAGCCUCCAUUUGCGUGUGAAGUACAGAGUUUUCGUUUCACUCCGCGAAUUCAGCGCCUGAAUGAACUGGAGGCAAUGACGAGAGUGAAGCUGGACUUCUUGGAUCAGUUAGCAAAAUUUUGGGAACUCCAAGGAUCCAAUUUAAAAAUCCCUGUGGUGGAGAGAAAAAUACUGGAUCUCUAUGGUCUGAGCAAGAUUGUUGCCAGCAAAGGAGGCUUUGAAGUAGUCACUAAAGAGAAGAAAUGGUCUAAAGUGGCAAGUCGUCUUGGCUACCUGCCAGGAAAAGGCACAGGGUCGUUACUCAAGUCUCAUUAUGAACGGAUCUUAUACCCCUAUGAGCUCUUCCAGUCUGGGGUCAGCCUUAUGGGCAUCCAGAAGCCUAACUUGGACAUUAAGGAAAAAGUGGAGGCUGAGGACCUCAGCUCAGAUGCCCAGGCUUCCCCAAAGCAGGCUUCAAGAAUGAACGUUGUGCUGAAGAGAACCAGGCGUGUCAAAUCCCAGGCUGAGGCAGGAGAAAUGAGUAGAAAUACUGAACUGAAGAAACUACAGAUCUUUGGAGCUGGACCCAAGAUGAUGGGCCUGGCAUUGGGAGCAAAGGAUAAAGAGGAUGAGGUGACACGAAGACGCAAGGGAACCAGAUCAGAAGCGUUUGGAAUGCAGAUGAGGCAACGCAAAGGGACUCUUUCUGUCAACUUUGUUGAUCUGUAUGUUUGCUUAUUCUGUGGCAGAGGAAAUAACGAGGACAAACUUCUACUGUGUGAUGGAUGCGAUGACAGCUAUCACACUUUUUGCUUGAUUCCUCCUUUACCUGAUGUACCCAAGGGUGACUGGAGGUGUCCGAAGUGUGUUGCUGAGGAAUGCAACAAACCCCGUGAGGCCUUUGGAUUUGAACAGGCUGUCAGGGAAUAUACUCUCCAGAGCUUUGGUGAAAUGGCUGAUAACUUCAAGUCUGAUUAUUUCAACAUGCCGGUCCAUAUGGUUCCUACUGAGCUCGUAGAAAAAGAAUUCUGGCGGCUGGUGAGCAGCAUAGAAGAAGAUGUCAUUGUGGAAUAUGGGGCUGAUAUCUCAUCCAGGGACUUUGGAAGUGGCUUCCCAGUGAAGGAUGGCCGACGAAAGCUGAUGCCAGAGGAGGAGGAUUAUGCACUUUCUGGUUGGAACUUGAAUAACAUGCCAAUUCUGGAACAAUCAGUCCUUGCUCACAUCAAUGCAGAUAUCUCUGGCAUGAAGGUACCUUGGCUGUACGUCGGGAUGUGCUUCUCCUCGUUCUGCUGGCAUAUUGAAGACCAUUGGAGCUACUCCAUCAACUACCUGCACUGGGGAGAGCCAAAGACGUGGUACGGCGUGCCCUCUCAUGCAGCAGAGCAGCUAGAGGACGUGAUGAAGGAAUUGGCUCCUGAGCUCUUUGAAUCCCAGCCUGAUCUCCUGCAUCAGCUGGUCACUAUUAUGAACCCCAACGUGCUGAUGGAACAUGGUGUACCAGUAUACAGGACCAAUCAGUGUGCUGGAGAGUUUGUUGUGACCUUUCCUCGUGCCUAUCACUCUGGUUUUAACCAGGGAUAUAACUUCGCUGAAGCUGUGAACUUCUGCACUGCUGACUGGCUUCCCAUUGGACGCCAGUGUGUGAGUCAUUACCGAAGGCUGGGACGUCACUGUGUUUUCUCCCACGAAGAGCUGCUCUUCAAGAUGGCUGCAGAUCCAGAGUGCUUGGAUGUUGGGCUGGCUGCGAUGGUCUGCAAGGAGAUGACUCUAAUGAUAGAGGAAGAGACACGGUUAAGGGAGUCUGUGGUACAGAUGGGAGUGUUGAUGUCUGAAGAAGAGGUGUUUGAACUGGUUCCAGAUGAUGAGCGUCAGUGCACAGCUUGCAGAACCACGUGCUUCUUGUCAGCUCUUACAUGUUCCUGUAAUCCUGAGCGUCUGGUAUGCUUAUACCAUCCGUCUGAUUUAUGUCCAUGUCCCAUGCAGAAGAAGUGUCUAAGGUACCGGUACCCCCUAGAAGACCUUCCUUCUUUGCUCUAUGGAGUGAAAGUUAGAGCACAGUCUUAUGACACUUGGGUCAGUAGAGUUACAGAGGCUCUGUCUGCCAAUCUCAACCACAAGAAAGAUGUGAUCGAGCUGAGAGUAAUGUUGGAGGAUGCUGAAGACAGGAAAUAUCCAGAGAAUGAUCUUUUCCGGAGACUUAGAGAUGCUGUGAAGGAAGCAGAGACCUGUGCUUCAGUAGCACAGCUGCUUCUGAGCAAAAAGCAAAAACACAGCCGACAGAGCCAAGAUAGUGGAAGGACACGGACCAAGCUAACUAUGGAGGAGCUGAAGGCGUUUGUGCAGCAGUUGUUCAGCCUGCCCUGUGUUAUCAGCCAGGCCCGGCAAGUAAAG